CUUGUCUCUGAAAUACCUACAUUCAAAAUAAAAUAAGCGCAAAAAUAUGGUUGGGGAGCGAAAACCGCUGCAGUUCAUUGACCUCGAGAGGACAAGCUUCCUCGCGCAUGCGCAUAUUGAGGCUCGACAGUAUCGUCAAGACUCGCGCAGCGUCCGUCGCGCGCCCAGUGACGUCAUGUCAUGUGACCUCUGACUCGGCGAAGCGCACUGACGAAUGUAAACAAAGGAGAGAGGCGGACAGCCGAGAGGGGAGGGCGCCGAUUCUCUGUAUUCUUGUGAUUGUGGGGCCGGAGCUAGGGCUAUCCUUAACUUCUGUGGAUUUGUUGUGAGUGAAUCGAGCGGUCUAAUCGUUAAUUUCAGAAUGAGAGCCAUGUUGGCCCUGCAAGUCUGUUUAUGCCUGGGAGUUAUUCAGAGCAUCAAUGGAUUCACAAGGGUACCUCUUCAUCGCUUCACCUCGGCUCGCCGCUCCCUUCAAGAGGUGGGGACCUCUGUGGAAGUGAUCCGCCGCCGCUGGGCGACCGCUGGACCGCACCCGGAGCCACUCUCCAAUUACCUGGAUGCUCAGUACUACGGACCGAUCAGCAUCGGCACGCCGCCGCAGAAGUUCCGCGUUGUCUUUGACACGGGCUCCUCCAACCUCUGGGUGCCGUCCAAGAAGUGCCACCUCACCAAUAUUGCGUGCUUGCUCCACAACAAGUAUGACAGCUCUAAGUCGAGCACAUACAAGAAGAAUGACACCAAGUUUGCCAUCCAGUAUGGCAGCGGCAGCCUCUCCGGCUUCCUCUCCGAAGAUACCGUCUUUGUCGGUGACGUGCAGGUCAAGGGCCAGACUUUCGCUGAGGCGCUGAGCGAGCCCGGCCUCGCCUUCGUAGCGGCCAAAUUUGACGGCAUUCUGGGCAUGGCCUUCCCGCAAAUCUCCGUCGACGGCGUGGUGCCCGUUUUCAACAACAUGGUCACUCAACAGGCGGUCGGCGACGCCGUCUUCUCCUUCUACCUCAACAGGGACCCGCACGCGGCCGAGGGAGGUGAGCUGAUCCUGGGUGGCUCUGACCCGGCCAAGUACUCUGGUGACUUCACCUACAUCGGCGUCGACAAGCCCGGCUACUGGCAGUUCAAGAUGGAUGGCCUGGAGAUUGGCGGCUCCAAGUUCUGCGCCGGCGGCUGCCAGGCGAUCGCCGACACGGGCACUUCGCUGAUCGCCGCACCCACCAAGGAAGCCGACGCCAUCAACAAGGCCAUCGGAGGAGUGCUCAUCGUCGGCGGGGAGUACAAGGUGGACUGCAACCUGAUCCCGAACCUGCCCACCAUCGACUUCAUCUUGGGCGGCCGCAACUUCACGCUCGAGGGCAAGGACUACAUCCUCCGGGUCUCGCAGGCCGGCCAGACCAUGUGCCUGUCGGGCUUCAUCGGUCUGGACGUGCCGGCGCCGAUGGGACCCAUCUGGAUCCUGGGCGACGUCUUCAUCGGCAAGUACUACACCGAGUUCGACAUGACUCGCCAGCGCGUCGGCUUCGCUGUGGCCAAGUAGAUUCGCCGGCCGCCAGACUCCUCGCGCGCGAAGUGCUGCGUUGAGGCUAGCGCGCGCCGCGGCCCGCUCAGAGGCUGGCCGGCGGAGCGCGCGGCAAAAACCGCGCGAACAAUGCGGCCUGGCGGGAGAGGGGGCGCCACCGCGCGGCGCGGCGCGAUCCCGUCACGCCAGCCGGUACCCACGUGGCCGCCAGUAUCAGGGCAUGGCCAGAGGGCUGUAAUCUGUAUCGAUAGAGAUUUAUUGGCGACUAUCUCAGUGAUUUCACGCAUGGGCGUGGUGCCGUCUCCGCGGCAUGGAUCGUCGCUGUGGCUGUUAUCGUCUAUUUAUUAGAGAUCCUCGCCGCGACGAGAUGUGAUCCCCGCGGGCGCGCGCCGUUCAAAUUUGGCGCGCCGGGCCGGUUUGAAAGGGCACCUUGUUGACGCGAGGACGCGGUAGGGGACGAGAGACCGUUAUGAGCCUGGGGUCCGUGUCAAUGGGGUGCCGUAGAGGGGAGAGGUAAACCCGAGGGGCCAGUUGGCGGGAGGGGAGGGACGGAAGUGGGGGAGUACUGACCCCAAUCUGUGCCUAUCUUGUGCUCGAACCGGUGUGAUAUUUAGCGAAUAGCGGUGAUGUAAUGUUUAUGACCCAUGCUAUCGUACGAUACGCAAUAAAAGAGCAGAGCUAUC